AUGCUCAGGGUGCACUCGAGGCAGUUUGUAUCAAUUUUUGUUCUCCUUAUGUACGAUCUAAGGGUUGAUUAUCUUUGUUGUGUUGCACAUAGGAGCUUAAGGAGCUUGAUGGGAUUUGAUAUUAGGUGGAGCCAACUCCGGAAUGAUAACAGCACUGGUCAGUAUGACAGUAUCGAAGCUACAGAGGGGAGAAUGAAUAAAUGUGUUUAG